UCCCGCCACCCUGACCCAAGCGAUGCGGCCAAGACACCUGGAGGGACCCUGAGGCCUGUCCCGGGAGCGGAGGCCAGCGCAGUCCGGCCCCUCGCGGUGGGAUUUGGUGCCCUCUGUCGCCCCAGAAAUGGAGGAACAGGUGGGAGGAAGCAGAGGCCUUGGAGAAAAGCCCCUUCCUGCCACCACCACCCCCGCUUUGUCCUCGUCGGGUGCUGUCUUCAUCCUGUUGAAGUCAACCCUGGGGGCCGGCCUGCUCAACUUCCCCUGGGCCUUCCACAAGGCAGGGGGCAUGGUGCCUGCUUUCCUGGUGGAGCUGGUCUCCUUGGUGUUCCUGAUCAGUGGGCUGAUCACCCUGGGCUAUGCAGCCUCUGUCAGUGGCCAGGACACCUACCAGGGCGUGGUCCGAGGGCUGUGUGGCGCCACCAUGGGGAAGCUGUGUGAAGCCUGCUUCAUCGUCAACCUGCUCAUGAUCUCCGUGGCCUUCCUCAGGGUGAUCGGGGACCAGCUAGAGAAGUUAUUCGAUGCCCUCCUGCCCGGUGGCCCACAGCCCUGGUUCGCUGCCCAGCGCUUUGCGCUGCCCCUGCUCUCCGCACUGGUCAUCCUGCCCCUCUCUGUGCCACAGGAGAUCGCGUUCCAGAAAUACACCAGCAUCCUAGGCACCUUGGCCGCCUGCUACCUGGCCCUGGUUGUCACCGCACAGUACUACCUCUGGCCCCAGGACCUUGAGCAUGAGCCCCACCUAUCGCAGAGCCCCUCCUCCUGGACCUCGGUGUUCAGUGUCUUCCCCACCAUCUGCUUCGGCUUCCAGUGUCAUGAAGCCGCUGUGUCCAUCUACUGCAGCCUGCGCCCGCGGAGCCUGUCCCACUGGGCCCUGGUCUCCAUGCUUUCCUUGCUGGCCUGCUGCCUCAUCUACUCACUGACAGGGGCUUAUGGCUUCCUGACCUUUGGGGCAGAAGUUUCUGCUGACAUCUUGAUGUCCUACCCAGGCAGCAACACAGCUGUCAUCAUUGCCCGGGUCUUCUUUGCUGUCUCCAUUGUGACGGUCUACCCCAUUGUGCUCUUUCUGGGGAGGUGUGUGAUGCAGGAUUUCUGGAGGAGGAGCUGUGGGGCACACGGGCCCCCGGUGCUGGCUGACCCCUCAGGGCCAUGGGUUCGGGUGCCGCUGACUGUCCUGUGGGUGGCUGGAACGCUCACCGUGGCCCUGGUCCUGCCCGACCUCAGCAAGAUCAUUGGAAUCAUCGGCGGUGUGAGCGCCUUCUUCAUCUUCAUCUUCCCGGGCCUGUGCCUCGUCUAUGCCAUGGAUGUUGAGCCUGUAGGACCGAGAGUCAAGUGCUUCCUGGAGGCCUGGGGUGUGGUCUCGGCGCUGGUGGGCACCUUCAUCUUCGGGCAAAGCACGGUAGCCGCCAUCCUGGAGCUGGCCUGAGGGGCCUCUGCUGGUGUCCGGCUCGAGAGGAGGCUGGCGUGGCUGCUGUCAGUGUCAAGAUACCAGGGCUUGGACUCCUCCGCCUCCCAGAGCUCGGUGGUUCUGCAGCUCCCAGGGGUUCUAGGUUCACCAACAGAAACUCGAUGGCGCACAGAACAGGGUGCGGCAGGGCUGCGCCCCACUCCUGCUUCUCAUGG